AUGACAGGGACAAAGAUUCCUGAAGAUGCACUUGAAACCGUGCGCAAAGGACAAGCGGAAACUGUUGUGGAGAGUAUAUCUACAAAGUCAAAUGUCUCUAUUGAGCAGAUUGAUUCAGAGGCAGGCAGUUUUGAUGGAGAGAUACCUCCAGAUAUAGCAGAGUUGCCGCAAGUGGUGAGAGAUACUGUAUCAUUCGAAGACGACCCUACGACCCCCAUUCUCACAUUCAGAUAUUUCAUCCUUUCAAUCAUCUUCAUUGUGCCUGGUGCAUUCAUCGAUACAAUGAACACUUAUAGAACCACUUCAGCAGCAUACUCCAUCUUUUUUGUACAAAUUGCAUCACACUGGUUUGGUAAAUGGCUAGCCAAAGUCUUGCCCAAAAAGAGAGUUAGUCUCGGUAAGUUGGGUCUGUUUGAUCUCAAUCCUGGACCAUGGUCCAUCAAGGAAACAGCAUUGAUCACCAUCACUGCCAAUUCUGGUGCUACUGGGAGCCAGGGCCUCAAUUCAUUAUCAUUAGCAGAAAUCUAUUAUGGAGAAAAAGUCAAUGCGGCAGUCGCCAUUUUCUUCAUGUGGACAAUUGUCUUUGUUGGAUACUCAUAUGCCGGAAUAGCGCGUAAUUUCCUACUUUACGAUCCACAGUUUAUUUGGCCGCUGGCUUUGAUGCAAACAACAUUGUUUCAAACACAAAGCAAAUCAGAUCUCGAUUCGAAGCAAAGCUCAAAGCAAAUGAAAAUUUUCUUUUGCGUGCUUAUAGGUGUCUGUGCUUGGCACUUUUUUCCAGAAUAUAUCUGGCCCAUGACCUCAUCACUAGCAUUCCUUUGCUGGGUUGCACCUGAAAACUAUACUGCAAACUUUCUUGGGUCUGGUUUAGGAGGUAUGGGGUUCUUGAACUUUACAUUGGACUGGUCCAAUAUCACGUCGUCAAUCAUGUUGUAUCCAUAUUGGGUUCAAGUGGUUGAGUUUGUUGCAUUUGUCUUGGGCGCUUGGAUAUUGAUUCCCUCUGUCAAGUGGGGCGGCUUAUCGAGUUUUAAAUCUGGGUUAAUGUCCAAUAGUCUCUUUUUGGCCAAUGGAACCAAGUACCCAACAACUGACUUGUUGACACCAGAUUUACAAUUAAAUAUGACGGCAUACCACGAAUUGGGAGAAGUAUACCUUGGAGCACAACGAGCAUGGAACAUGUUUUUUGAUUAUGCUGCAUACGUCUCUGGUUUUGUAUGGGUGGUUGUCUUUGGCUAUAGCAGUCUUUCCAGCUCAUUUAAAAAAUUGAUCAAGGCAAGAAAAUCAAAUAGUUCCUUGAGUUUGCAGUAUACUGAUCGAUUAAACAAGAUGCAAGCAGUUUACAAAGAAGUGCCUUUAUUGUGGUACAUAAUCCUAUUUGCAGCUUCAUUCAUAACACUAUUGGUGAUUCUUGCAACCAAGAGUCUUUUCAUGCCCUGGUGGUGUCUCAUUGUUGGGCUUGUGUUUGGCUCAAUUAUAGUUACUCCAUUGGGCUGGCUAUAUGCAUUGUCAAAUUUCCAGUUGGCAAUUGGUACUUUUAAUGAAUUGUUGUAUGGAUACAUGAUCCAGCUGCAAUCUUCAAGACACCCUGCAGGUGCCACCGUGUAUGGAGCCAUUGCCGGUGAUGCAUGGUAUAGAGCUCAAUAUAUCUUGCAAGAUCAGAAAAUUGGCCACUACAUGCACUUGCCACCAAGAUCGGUAUUCUUCUCACAAAUAUUUGGUGAGCUCAUUGGCGUGCCAAUAAACUAUGCGGCAAUGCGAUGGGUAUUGUCAUCCAAGAUGGAUUAUUUAAACGGUACAAAGGAGGACCCAUUGCACCAAUGGACAGGCCAAUCGAUAACAUCAUAUAAUACAAACGCAAUCCAAUACGUUGUAUUGGGCCCAUCACGAUUGUUUAAAAACUACCCUGUAUUACCAUAUGGUUUCUUAUUGGGCGCCGGUGCGCCAUUGGUCCUUUACGCUGCAUACAGAUUUUUCCCCAAUUCAAAACUAAAAUUCAAUUUGUGGAACACCACUGUUUUCUUUUCAACACUAUCAACCUUUUACGGUAAUAUUUCUACUGGACCAUUAUCACUGUUUAUUGGUGGAACCAUCACCAUGUUUUAUGCCUAUAGAUAUAAGCAUGCCUUGUGGAAAAAAUACAAUUACUUACUAGCAGCUGCAAUUGAUACAGGUUACAAUUUGGCCAUCUUGUUGAUCUUCAUUUGUUUUUCUGCAGGCAAGGUUAUAUUGAUGCCCAAUUGGUGGGGCAAUAAUGAACUAAGCGUCGAAAGAUGUUUUGCAUUAGCCAAAGCUGGAUAA